AUGCAAAAACAGCGAUUCGGGGAAAUGUCUUGCAGCUGAAUAUUUGACCCCAGCGUCUUGCUCGAGUCGAAUCUGACCUCGCAGAAUCUAAACCAUCUCAUCGAUCGUUGCUCACCAUGGCUACCCUCGUGUCAAAGCAGAUCACUGUGAUCGCAUCCUUUGCGGUGUUAAACCUGUUGGCAUUGAUUGCCAUGGGUCUUCGGUUUUAUUCUAUGAAGGUGGUUCAUAGGAAAAUCAAAGCCCACGAUGCUCUUUGUAUCGUGUCGCUAGUGAUGCUUAUUGCGUAUAGCAUUGUUUUGCUCAUUGGCACGAUCGCUGGUGGUAUUGGACUCCACAUUGGUCAACUUUCGAUGCCCGAGAUGGAGCCAAAGAUGGAGACUGGAUUGAAGGCAUUCUUCUCAUCACAGUUCUUCUGGGCUAUCUCUAUUGCUAGUUUCAGACUUGCUAUCUUGGACUUUUAUGUCCAAGCCUUUCCCACCAAAGUCUUCCGUAUGUUUGCCUACGGUGCCAUGACUGUCGUAGGUCUCUUCUUUAUCGGUAGUAUUACGACAACAUUGGCAAUGUGUCGUCCAAUCGUUUCCAAUUGGGAUCAGAACAUCAAAGGAAAAUGUGGCGACGAAGGAACAGCCGAGCUAGCCGCAGCUGCAUUCAACAUGGCCCUUGAUGUGGGAAUUGUGGUUCUGCCAGUACCGGUUAUCUGGGGCUUACACAUGAGCAAACAAAAGAAGGCUGCUGUUGUAGCCACCUUUGGCUUGAGUUUGGGUAUCUCCGCAAUCAACCUUGCUCGCAUCAUCCAAGUCCUACGCUGCAGUCUCCACGACUUCACCUAUUGCACUGCGGAUGCCGCAAUCCUGACCGUGGCUGAGAUGGCCGUCGGUAUCAUUGUCUCUUGCGUGCCAAUGCUUGGCCCGGUGAUUUUCCCAGAGCGCCGUCGUCGCUUCGAUAAGCGUUAUAUCUACCAGCCCAACGAUUCCUCCUAUGGCUCGUCCCGGAAGCACGGCCGACAGCAUAGCGAUAGCCAGGGCAGCACCGAGAUGGCUCUGGGCCCAAAUUGGGAGAAGCGUGAGAAUACGCAAAAUAUGCAGUAUACCCAAAUCUAUAACAAAGUUCUACCUCCAACCCCGGUUCACGUCAGACAGGGUGAGAUCGCUGUGUGGCGCGAGUUUGAGGUGCAGUCAGAUGCAAGCAACCGGUUCUAAGCACGGCUGAACGGAUUUGGGCAUGAAAAUACGACUACAAUCCUUUUCUUUUUCAAUUAGCGAGCACUUGAUAAUUUUCGAAUCUGAAAUCAAUAUUCAAUCC